AUGGCUUCCAAAGGCAUCGCUCUCAUUCUCGGCGCCGGCUCCAACGUCGGUCAGGCCCUCUCAUCAACUUUUUCCCAGGCCGGCUACAAAGUCGCCCUCGUCUCCCGCUCAACCAAGCAAACCUCCUCCGCCAACCAAGUCUCCAUCGCCGCCGACCUCACAAAUCCAGAUUCCAUCCCUCCCAUCUUUGAUUCAGUCCGCAAAUCUCUCGGCGCAGACCCAAAUGUCGUCAUCUACAACGCCGCGGCUCUCACUCCUCCCAGCGACCAGACGAAUCCUUUCACUAUUGACAUUGAGAAGUUUGAGAGCGAUAUUAGGCUCAUGAACACUUCGGCCUAUGUCGCUGCCAGAGAGGCCGUUGCUGGCUUUGAGAGGCUCGAUAAAUCGUUGUCAAAGUUGUUUAUUUACACCGGUAACUGGUUGAAUGCCGUUACCAUGCCGAGCCCGAUCUUCGUGACACUGGGUAUUGGCAAGAGUGCGGCGGCUUCGUGGAUUGGUACAGCGAGUGUUCAUUACAAGGAGAAGGGAUACGGCUUCUACUUCGCUGAUGAGCGUACCCCUGAAGGAAAGGCUGUUGGCAAUGCCAUUUCUGGUCCUGCACACGCAGAGGUCUACCUACAACUGGCAGAGGGCAAGGUUGAGGCCCCUUGGCACACAACUUUUGUUGCCGGCAAGGGCAUUGUCGACUUUCCCGAGACCCGCAAGGCUUACAUUGACGCUUAA